GCCGGAAGUAGGGGGAAUUGUGGGUGAGUGUCGCUGUAUCAUCCCUGGAGCUGCUGAGCCAAUGGCUACAUUCUUCGGGGAAGUGCAGUCUGUCUUCUCCAGGGCUGUGGAUGAGGAUGAUGAGGAGGAAGAAGGAGAGGAGGAAGAGGAGGACAGGGAGAUCAUUGCGGAGCUGGAUAGAAAACGGGAGGUACAUGUGACCUGGAACCCAGAGGUAACAGCAGCCAUUGAAAGCUCCCCCAACAGAAGGCUCCCCUGCUCCAGUGUCAUUUUGUCUGUCGGGGACAAUGCAACAGGCUUCGUAUCCUCCUACAUACUGAGCUCAGGCAGCUGGGAAGUGUGUGGAUCUAUUACACUGUGGAACGAGAGGUGCAGAGACUGUAACGCCAGAAAGGAUUCCCUUCCAGCUCCCUCUUCCUGCACCUUUUACAGGUCCAUUACAGACCCCACGGUGCUGCUGUGCCAGUGCAACUCUUACAUAGCAGAGGACCAGCUGUUCCAAUGGUGUGAGAAGGUAUUUGGCUCAUUGGAAAAGAGCGGCCUGAAUGUAACGGUCCUUUCUACCUGCCCGGUGUCUGAAUAUAAAACCCCCGAGUCCACCUACAGUCUCCCUGUUCCCUUCUUGAAAGCGCUGAGGACCAGUGAGUACAGGGAGGAGGUGCCAUGCCCCCUGCUGGAACAGCCUAAUAUUGCAGAUGGGCUUCCUGCUGCAGUGCUGACAUAUUGUCAGGUUUGGCAGAUCCCUGCGGUUUUCUACCGGUGCUACACUGAUCUCUCCAAACUGGAUUCCAUCACCAUUGAUGCUUUCCGACCCCUCCUGUCCUGUCAACGUAUGAGCCGACUGGCAGCGGACUCUGCAAAAAUUCAAGAAACACUGAGAAAAACGGUAAAAUCGAGUGAGAUCCAGAGUAACCUCUACAUCUAGCCCCGAGCAUCACUCUCCUGUCUGAGCCUAUUGGCCGAUGGCUAAUAUAAUUUUGUUAAUGUAUUAAUGGGAAAUGUAAAAUACACUCUUUAUUCAUUUGUAA